AUGGAAAUCGAACUGUAUGUCUAUCUGCAAGAUGACACGGGUGGUGUUGGAGGCUUCAAGACUUUUACUUUUGGUGCCACGUCGACAGUACACGAUUUGAGGAAACAAAUCCUUGCUGCUUUUCAUAUCCCUCUGCAACAUCAACAAGUUUACCUCGUUCGCGCUGAAACUGAAACUAAAAAGGAAACACGGGAACAACUCAGAGGUGGUACUCUGCAAAAAGCAAAUGUGACGAAUGAAAGCAAGAUUGUUGUGAAGCACGCAGAUCUUCAGUGGUGGCCGCAGUACAAAAAAUCUGUUGAGAUUGCAAUGAAGUCAUCGGGCCGUGAACGAAUGUUAAAUGCGCAAGAGGCCGUCAGGCUGCACAUGCGAUUGAUGGAAAAGAUGGAAGAGACCAAGUACAAUGUGAAAUGCCAUCACUUUGGAUCUCGAGCAUGGAGCAAUUCUGGAAAAGGGCAACCUCCGGACAUAAAAGAAUUGUACUGCUACAAACUGCUCGAAUUGAUCGACGUAGGACCGCAUUCUCAAUUCAUCCUUCCAAAAAAAGUCGUUGACAGCAAGACUUCCAUGUACAUCGCAACAGAAUGGCAUGACGAUUUUGUUCCCAUUUCCAGGAUCAAAGAAGAAAAAGAUGUUAGCGUGGAAAUCCUUGUGCAACUUCUCUUGCUUGGCGCGUUUCUCUUUAUCGAUGAUUUACAUCCUGACAAUUGCGGUCAGUGGAAAGACACCAAGGACGCGGCAAUCGUUGAUUUUAUGCCCAAAGCUUGUGAGCAAUGCCGCUCAAAACGACGAUUUGAAUCACCGCGCAAAAGGACGAACAGAUGCAGGGGUCAGCUUCCAAGAGGUGAAAGCUCGGAACAGGAGCUCUUCUCAGGAAUGAACUCGGGGAUUAAUUUCAACAAUUAUGAUGAAAUUCCCGUUGAAGCAACUGGUGAAAAUGUGCCACAACCUGCGACUUUGUUCUCUGAGUUGAAGUUGCACCAAUGGGUCAAUGAAAACAUCAAAUUGUCGGGUUAUGAGCGUCCGACACCCGUGCAGCAGUACAGCAUUCCGGCAUUGAUGGAUAAUCGAGACCUGAUGUCUUGCGCGCAAAAUGGAUCGGGAAAGACUGCUGCCUUUCUAAUUCCAUUGAUCAACCACAUUCUUCAGAACGGACCUGAAGCAGUUUAUCACGAAGCUCCUGGAUGCAAUGGUCGGAAGAAACAGUUUCCCUGUGCUCUUGUCCUUUCGCCAACUCGUGAAUUGUCACUUCAAAUCUAUAAUGAGUGCAGAAAGUUUGGCUAUCGUACACCCAUAACUUCGGCAAUUCUCUACGGUGGUCACGAAAAUUAUCAACAACAAAUCAGCAAACUUCGGCUUGCCUCAAAUUCGACAAAUUGUCGAACACUCAACUAUGCCAGAGAAGAGGUAUCGAGUGACUGCUAUGUUUUCUGCUACGUACCUGGAGGAAAUUUAGAUUCUGGCUCAAGCUUUUUUGGUGCCCAAUUACGUAUUCUUGGCUGUCGGAGGCAACGAGGCAUUGACGGUAGUAACUAUGUUGUGGUGGCUAUUCAUGGAGAUUUGAAGCAAUUUGCCCGAGAACAGAGUUUGGAGCGUUUCAGAUCAGGGAAAGCAAAUGUGAUGGUUGCAACGGCUGUAGCCGCCCGUGGUCUUGACAUCCCAAGUGUGAAACACGUAAUUAAUUACGACUUGAUGAAUAUGUGCAUCGUUAGUUUACAGUGUAUUGAGCUAUUUAAAGUGCAUUUUGGGUAUUGGACGUACUGGACGUGCUGGCAAUAUUGGAUUGGCGACUACUUUCUUCAACGACAAGAACACGCGGCUAAUAACGAUCUUAUCAAGCUGAUAAUUGAAGCUAAUCAAGAGAUUCCAGAGUUCCUUUCGACGGUUUCGAACGAUGCUAAUCACUAUGGACAAGCAAAUUCGCGUGAACGUGGAAGCCGAGGUGGACCACGCAAUAUGCCUCAUCGCAAUUAUCGGAUUCAAAAAAAAAACCCGGAAGCCACUAUGAGCCUUCGCCAGCUGAGUCUUCAAGGAACGGCUUCCGCCCAAAACCCACCCAGAACAAAGAUUGAAGAAAAUGGAAUUGAGCUGGGGUGUAUACGUGCGCUCAUAUUAAUGGAGAAGGUUGAGAGCGACCUUGGCGGUCAAUUCGCCGAUAGAGAAGAGGCUAGUAAUUCGCCACCACCAAAACUUUACGUCGACACCUCUCACACCUCCAGUUUCUUCGAACAGCUUGAUUCAUUGAGAAGUGACCGUUUAUUAUGUGACGUUUCACUGGUACCAGUGAAACGAGUCUCGCUUGACAGACCUGAAACUCCUUCGAACGUUUGUAAAGGCUCGCCAAUUUAUGCACACAAGGUUAUUCUAUCUUCUACAUCUCCCUAUUUUUGUGCCAUGUUUGCAACUUCCAAUAUGAUUGAAUCGAAAGCUAGCACUGUAGAAUUACAUGAUAUGGAUGAAGAGGCUCUUCGCCAAUUGAUCGACUUUAUUUACACAGGUCAACUCACAAUAAAUUCAAAUUUAAGCCAUGCCCUUCUAACAACAGCCUCGAUGUUGCAACUAAAUUCAGUUAAAGAUGCUUGUGCAAACUUUUUGAUUGAUACAAUAACGCUUGGAAAUGUCAUAUCUUUGCUCGACUUUGCCUGCAUUUAUAAUUGUACUCAACUAUCAGCGUCUGCUCGUAAUUAUAUUUGCAAGAAUUUUUGUCAUCUGGUAGAUUCUGAUGAGCUUUUAACGCUGGAUUUUGAACGAUUCUGCAGUUUAAUCUCGGAUGAUCGCCUAGUUUGUGGUGAAUGUGGUGAAGAAGAGGUUUAUCGAACGGCCAUCAGAUGGAUCCAAGCAGCACCAGAAGAACGCGAACAAUAUACACCAAAGUUGUUGUCGCAAGUGAGACUUGGCCUCUGCUCCGCAGACUUUCUAGCGGAGACAGUUUUCAAUGAGCCAGUUAUUAAAAAUCAGCAAGAGUGCAAGGAUAUUCUUCUGGAGGCAAGUAAAGUACAUCUACGCCGAGGGCGACUUUCCCCAUCUGCGUCAUCACUUCGUGAGCGGUUUGUCCGACCCCGACAACAAAUUGGAUCGAACAAGAUUGUGAUAGUCGUCGGAGGUCAGGCACCAAAGGCAAUUCAUAAUGUUGACGCCUAUGAUCCAACUACAAUGCAAUGGACUUCUUUGAGCCCUUUAUCGCAAAGACGUUGCCGAUGUGGUGUUGCCCUAAUCGAUCGUCAUAUCUAUGCUGUUGGUGGUUUUAAUGGAGCUCAGCGAAUGAAAUCUGUUGAUGUGUAUGACACUAUUAGGAAUCAAUGGAUCCCUGGGCCACCUAUGAGGCUUCGUCGGGGAACUCUUGGGGUGACCACUCUCAACGAUCAGCUAUUAAUUGCUGUAGGAGGUUUCGAUGGAGCAACAGGGAUUGCAAAUGCUGAACUGUUGGAUCCACGAACAGGAGAUUGGUCAGAACUUGCCUCGAUGAUAACGCGUCGAUCGUCGGUUGGCGUGACGUCUGUUGGCUCUAGUGUUUAUGCGGUUGGCGGAUACGAUGGUCAAAGUAGACAUUGUUUGAAUACGGUAGAAGUUUUUGAUCUGCGAGCAAAUCGUUGGCGUGCUGGGAAACCAUUACGCGAGGUUCGAUCUGGAGCUGCAGUAUGUUCUCUUAAUGGUUUAAUCGUUGCUGCGGGUGGUCACGAGGGAGCAACUGUGAGAGAUACCGUUGAGAUCUAUAAUCCUGGGGUAGAUGAUGAUUGGGCAUUGAUUCCAAACAUGAGCGCUCCAAGACGAAAUGCGGGUGUACUUUUUGUGAAUAGCUCUUUAAUGGUUUUCGGUGGCGAUGAGGGAGAUUCUCAUUUAUUGGAUUCGAUUGAAACAUUGACAAUGGAUAUGGGUAGAGGACAACGGGCAGAGUUUGCCGGAAGAUGGCAAGUAAUAGAGUCAACACUUCCGCAACCUCGAUCAUACAGUGGAUUAGUGCUUGUCGAUAAGCCG